AGGAUAAUAUUCUAAUAAAUGUCUGAUUGAUCCCUGGUAAUGUAUAGUGGGUAAAAUUAAGUGACAGUAAUAUAAUCUAUUUUAAUAUUGUUUUUCUAAUCAAAGUUAAUCAAUAGACAUUAUGGUCCGGGAAGCUGUUCUGAGACUAGAUAAAAGUGAACAUGUCUCACUCUGCCCUUAUUUCUGAAUACCUAAUUCUCGGUUAAGACUACUAACUAAGCUGGCGUUUAAAACAUAAUUAUUUGUGAUGAUUAUUUAAUUAACCAAUGUGUUUACCACGACUGAUAUUUUAAGGUACAUCAAUAAAGACAAGCGAUAGGGACGUUACAAAUUUCGCAGCAAAAAAGUCUCCUGGUGUGCCUCAUCUUUACACAUAAACGAUCUUUUCUCUGACGCACUUCUCGCGGGAAACUUAGUUUGUGAAGCUGCUGGAUCGAAAGUUGACGAGAAAUGAGUAAAAAGGAUAACAGUGCGACCCUCAUCCUUGCCUAUUUAAAUGAGAGAAACCGUCCUUACAGUGCUCAGGACGUCUUCACUAAUUUACAGAAGCAGCAUGGACUGGGCAAAACAGCAGUGGUCAAAGCCAUGGAGCAGCUGGCUCUCGAAGGGAAGAUUAAGGAGAAAACAUACGGCAAGCAAAAAAUCUAUUUUGCUGAUCAGGCUCAGUUCAAAGACAUAAAUGAAGAAGACCUGAAGGCGAUGGACUGUCAGAUCUCAGAGCUCAGUGCAGAGGUGCAGUCGCUCACACAGGACUGCAGACAACUAGAUGCAGAGCUAAAGGAACUCAACAGCUCCCUGACAACAGAGGAAAUGACAUCAGAGAUCCAAGAGCUAAAAGUGGAGUGUUCUGGGUGCAAAGCACGCCUGGAGAAGAUAAAAUCAGCCACAAAUCAUGUCACACCAGAAGAAAAAGAGAAGGUUUACAAAGAGCGCAGUGUUUAUGUGAAAGAGUGGAAAAAGAGGAAGAGAUUGGCUUCAGAUAUGAUGAAUGCGAUCCUGGAGGGAUAUCCAAAGAGUAAAAAGGACUUUCUGGAUGAAGUGGGAGUGGAGACGGAUGAGGACUGUAAGGUGACUGUUCCAAGUAUUUGAAAGAACAAGAAAAGCCUUGUUCAGCUACUUCAUCCUGUGCAGCGCUUUAUAACUAAGGAAAUCGCUGAUGCACAAGAAUGGACUGAGCCACAGCAUAGAUUUUAUUUAAAGCCAUUUUUGGACAAAUAAUACAUUGUGGAAAGUAAAAGUCAAAUCGAAAAAUAAUUUGUGUAUAUAUUUGUAUAAAAUAUCUGUAGUUUGUUGAUUCUGUUUUUGACAAAUUUAAGGUUUAUUGUUUGGCUUUUUUUUUUUUUUUACAGUACUGAGGGAUUCCUGUAACACAGGUUUACAAACAGGGAGAAUGUCAGUGUAGUUUUAAUUUCACCACUGACAGCUGUACUUUAUUUGAUGUUCCCUCUGUUCAAAUCACACUGCUUUAACAACUCUAUAUUAAAGAUAUAUUUACAUGUAUAUGUGA